UCCACGCGGUUCCUGGGGGCGCGCGGUCCGUUUGGCCCCGGCCGCCGUCGCUGUGCCGACGGCAUCCUGCCGCCGUGUUCAGCGCCUCGCCGCCCCCUUCCCGGGGGGCUCCGCCAUGGCAAUGACGGGCCCAACACCAUGCUCAUCCAUGAGCAAUCACACCAAGGAGCGAGUUACGAUGACAAAGGUAACAUUAGAAAACUUCUAUAGCAAUCUCAUCGCACAGCAUGAAGAACGGGAGAUGAGACAAAAGAAGCUAGAACAAAUGAUGGAAGAAGAAGGCUUAAAAGACGAAGAGAAGAGAAUCAGGAGAUCAGCACAUGCACAAAAAGAAACAGAAUUUCUUCGCCUGAAGAGAACAAGGCUUGGUUUGGAAGACUUUGAAUCUUUAAAAGUAAUAGGCAGAGGAGCAUUUGGAGAGGUGCGACUUGUCCAGAAGAAAGAUACGGGGCAUGUUUAUGCAAUGAAAAUACUCCGUAAAGCUGAUAUGCUUGAAAAAGAGCAGGUUGGCCAUAUUCGUGCAGAGCGGGACAUUCUAGUGGAGGCAGACAGUUUGUGGGUUGUGAAAAUGUUCUAUAGCUUUCAGGAUAAGCUAAACCUCUACCUUAUCAUGGAGUUCCUGCCUGGAGGUGAUAUGAUGACGUUGUUGAUGAAAAAAGACACACUAACAGAAGAAGAGACACAGUUCUAUAUAGCUGAGACUGUGCUAGCCAUUGAUUCUAUUCAUCAGUUGGGUUUUAUCCAUCGAGAUAUCAAACCAGACAACCUUCUUCUGGAUAGCAAGGGCCAUGUGAAACUUUCAGAUUUUGGUCUGUGCACUGGACUAAAGAAAGCCCACAGAACAGAGUUUUAUAGAAACUUGAACCAUAGUCUUCCUAGUGACUUCACUUUCCAGAACAUGAAUUCCAAACGGAAAGCAGAAACAUGGAAGAGAAAUAGACGGCAGUUGGCUUUUUCUACUGUGGGAACUCCAGAUUACAUUGCUCCUGAAGUUUUCAUGCAGACAGGCUACAACAAGCUUUGUGACUGGUGGUCACUUGGGGUCAUCAUGUAUGAGAUGUUGAUCGGUUAUCCACCUUUCUGUUCUGAGACUCCUCAAGAAACGUACAAGAAAGUAAUGAAUUGGAAAGAGACGCUCACAUUUCCUCCAGAGGUUCCAAUAUCUGAUAAAGCAAAGGAUCUUAUUUUAAGAUUUUGCUGUGAAUGGGAGCACAGAAUUGGUGCAUCUGGUGUGGAGGAAAUAAAGAGUAACCCAUUCUUUGAAGGGGUUGACUGGGAGCAUAUAAGGGAAAGACCUGCUGCAAUUUCGAUAGAGAUUAAAAGCAUUGAUGAUACCUCAAACUUUGACGAAUUUCCAGAAUCUGAUAUCCUUAAACCAACAGUGGCAACAAGUAACCAUCCAGAUACUGACUACAAGAACAAAGACUGGGUUUUUAUCAAUUAUACAUACAAGCGUUUUGAGGGCCUAACAGCCCGAGGAGCAAUACCAUCCUAUAUGAAAACAGGAAAGUAAUUAAUCUUUACCUAGGACAACUUCUUAACUGUGGAAUUUUGUUUCUGUACCUUGUUGUUUUUUUUUUUACCCAUAAAAUAACUUUUUAUCUUUUUUAUUAUUAUCAUUUUCUUAAAGAAAACUUGAGGGCUAACACCUCUUGGAGAAGACUUCAAGACCCUCUUUUGUUACACGCUCUGGCUGUUACUAAGGAUUGUUCUUUCUGCACCAUUGAAAACUUCCACAAAAUGUCAUCUUCACUGCAAGCAUGUUUUGCUGCUUCAGGAGCGAGAGUUUUGAGUUUUCCUUUUGAAUUCUUUGCCAGACUGUACAGUCCAUCAGGAGAUCUGAGCAGGCCUUCACUUUGACAUUGCAAAACAUGUGAUGUUUAUACGGAUGAUUUUGCCAGUCUUGCAUUAAGUAACAUACUCAGUCUGCCAGUUCUACCAGCACUGUUUUCCUGGUGGACUUCAGUAUAAUGGAAAUAAAGCAAUAAUUACAGCUUGAGGUAGACAACUCUCCAGUAAACUAUAGUGGAAGGAUACAACAUGUAUUGCCUUAA